AUGGUGGAUCUCUAUAAUUCAACCAAGGGAGAAUCCUUUCAGCAAGCAGAAGACUCUGCCAGUUCAGUGACUAGUGGGGACCCAACCCCUCGGCCCCGCAGUGUCUCUGUUGUUUCUACCUCUUCCCAAGUAAGCAGCCGCAACCCAAAGGAUGUCCUACGCCAUCGCAUAUUCCACUUAUCUGAGAUGCUGCGGGUGGAGAAAGCCAAUCGGGAUGACAAUACCUCAUGCUAUGUGGAGUUGGUGGGGAAGGCUGACCGGGAGAAAGCACCUUCCAUCCGGCAGGCCUUUGAACGUAUCAACCAGCGCUCCUCAGCCAAUAUUGCCCAACUAGAACAGCGUCUGCAGGACUCCUGGGCUCAGCUGAAGAAGUUGGAACAGAGGAUUUUUACAGGCCAGGACAGCAGCAGCAGUGCCACUCCUGCCCAGCAGCAGCUCACCACUCCCAGGAACAGCAUAUCCCACCAGCCAUCCUUCAGCAUACCCAGAAACCGCACUACAGAAACUUGCACGGUUGAGGAACUCCUUCCUUCCAUCUCGGAGAGCAAAGAAAACAGGUCUGUUCAAGAGGCUUCCUCAAAGCAAAUCCUUGAGGAAGAGAUCAAGCGGAGGGUUCAAGAGUUGAAAGCUCAGCUGCUUGAUCUUAGAGAAGAUCACAAAGUCCUGGAGGAUGAGUGGCACAAACUGGAUGAGUCAUGGAAGGCUGACAAACAACAGAUGAUGGAACUGCUGCAGGAGGAGAAGAAGAGGUACUACCAUCUCGAAGUACAGGUGAAUGAUGUGAUACAGAUAAAUCUCAAUGAGAUCACCAACCUCAAACAUGACCUGGCAUGCACCGAGGAGAAAAUGGUCUAUCAGUCUUAUGAGAGGUCCCGGGACAUCUGGGAGGUGCUGGACUCCUACCAGACCCGGCUGGCCAAACUCGAAAUGCAGCAGCAAACCCAGCAACAGGAGGCAAUGGAGCUACCCCAGGCCAGUGUGUAUAAACUUUAUGGACAACUCAUGAACCUGCUGCUGACCAUUGCCACCAUUCUCUUGGUGUGUGUUUCCACUAUUUCAGCCUGUUCUCUUCCUCUCCUGCGCACUCGCUGGCGUGCCCUGACCACUCUGCUUGUGAUCAUCAUCAUAAGCGCUGCCUGGAAGUACUUCCCUGUCAUUCAUCAACAGGAAUGGAGAACAUGGCUUCCCUCCGCUUGGUAG